CAGUGAGUGAAGAACUACAACUAACAAGGUCAGGAUGGUCCCGAAAACACUCAAUAAAGUCAUCGGCGGCAAAUACAUCGCUAUUAUAAGGGCGUGGGUACCAAAUAUGGUCGCCUGGGGAACAGUUGGCGGAGUGGCACUCGUUCACUUCACAGACUGGCGAUUAUUUCUUGACUAUGUGCCAUACAUUAGAGGGAAGUUCACCAAGGAUGAGUAAAGUCCCACACAACUCAAUUGACCAGAGCUUGGGAAUUGGCUCAUGGGUGCAUUGCUUACACAACGCAAGCUUAAAGGGGGAUGCCCUGGCUCAACAAUCAGUCACUGAGGGCUUGUUAGGAGUUCGGACAACGGGAAGCACUCUGUAUAAAUUCUGUAUUAUUUGAUUUGUGAAUAAAUCUUUGCUUUACCCCAAUGGGUCCCAUUUUUUCUGCAAGAGUCCAGCUAUUAAAAUGUUGUUAAAAUGGUGAGAGGUUUGUUAAAAUCCAUUAUGUUGUCAAUAAUGUUUGAAGAACUGGAUAUACUGGAGCAGUUUGUAGAACUUAUAUUUUCUGUAAUUUACUGUAAAAGUGUGAAAUAAAUAUGUAUAUGAACCAUA